AUGUCCCUGCCACCCACCGAAGCGUUCGUCAGGUUACGCCUCCUCAACGGCGGCAGUGGAAAUGCCCGGACCAAAAUAUUUCACAAAGAUGUUGGGGAGGGCGAAGCCUUUAGAUUGUAUAAUUGGGCGUUCCUUAUCUAUGAGCCGCAGAGCCAUCGUCAUGUGCUAUGGGAUGUUGGUCAGUCGAGUGACAAGGCGGACUAUAUCCCGUCGAUUGGAAAGUUAAUUGACACUUUGGGAGUCCUCGGCCCUGGUAAGAGUCUAGGCGAACAACUGCAGGCUCACGGCACACAACCUACGGAUGUGAACACAGUUAUCUUCAGCCAUGCGCAUUUUGACCACUGUCGCCCCAUUGCUAAAACAUUCCCGAAUGCCAUGGGCUAUUUUGGCCCCGGCACCGCGGAUGAAUGUAUGGGGAAACUCGAGCCAUACAAUACUGACCCAAAGAUUGGGCACAAGUUCGACCCGCGCAUCUUUGACCGUAAAAUCUCCAAGGAGAAAUGGGAGGAACUUCAGGGACCUUGGGUAAGAUUUGGUCCAUUUGACAAGGCCAUGGACUUCUUUGGCAACGGGAGUCUUUGGGUUAUCCAAGGCCCCGGGCAUAUGGUGGGAAAUCUGUGUGCCGCAGCUAGACUCGAAGACGGCCACUGGGUUCUCCUAGGCUCGGACUGCAGUCACACCAUGGCACUGGUCGAGGGAAAGCACGAGAUUGCGGAAUUGAUUAGGCCGGACGGGAGCAGAUUCUGCGUACACGAAGACCUCGAUCAAGCGAAAGAGACAAUGCGCAAGAUCCGGGAGCUGAAGCAGCAACACGGCUUUCACAUCGCGCUGGCUCACGAUGCAACCUGGAUGAAAGCCAAGGAACGAGAUCAGGUGCUUUUCAGCCUGCUCGACGAGCAAACCCUGAAGGACGUCGACGCGCACGUACUGUUUGAUGAACCUUUCUGAGUAGGUAACCAGAAUUCAUUCUUAUCCUACCUCGGUUUAGGGAAUGCCUGCGAUGGUG